AUGCCGGCAGCUUUCACUAACGCCCAACAAAUGGCUUCUUCAAUUCUUCUCACAAACGCAACAAUCCUUGUUCCUUCCGGUGACACAAGCGACCAUGUAGUCGCUCUCCGACGUCACUCAUUGCUCAUCGAGGGCAAUAGGAUCUCCCGGAUUUUGCGGGACAUCCCGCCACCAACUAAGUACUCAGACACUAAGAUCCUAGACUGCACCGGCAAAAUAAUUUCUCCUGGUUUCAUUGAUACCCACCACCACCUCUGGCAGACCCAGCUAAAGGGACGUCAUGCAAACCACACUCUUGUGGAGUAUAUGCCAACUGGACUUCUUCAAGCAGUGAACUUUACGCCGGAAGACAUCUUCUGGGGCCAAUUGGGAGGCUGCCUUGAAGCGCUAGAUGCAGGUACUACGACGGUUGUGGAUCAUGCUCAUAUGAACAUCUCCACAGCACACUCUGCCAAUGGUGUGGAGGCCACUAUUGCAUCUGGGAUCCGAUCUAUCUUCUGCUACACGCCCACUAAUCGGAUUAAGUCAUGGAAGCCCGAGCUAGUUCCUGCAGACCUAGACGACUGGUUCGGCGAUUGGGUACAGAAUCAGUUUAAUGACCUCGCUCGUUCGGCCCCAUGGGCAGAUGACCGAGUCCGUUUAGGCCUCGCCUUUGAUGGGUACUUCCUUCCAAAAGACGUUGUCAUUGGACUACAUGGCCAGGCCCGCAAAGCUGGCGUCCAAGUUAUUACUACCCACUGUGUACAUGGGUAUCCUUGUGAUUCUUCUCUCGUUGAUCUUCUUGACAGCUAUGGCCUUCUCGGGCCGGAUAUCCUGCUCUCUCAUGCGACAAAUCUAACUGAUAGUGACGUGAAAAAGCUUGUGAAGGCCAAUGCUUGGAUCUCCUCGACUCCAGAGACCGAGCUCCAGAUGGGCCUAGGAAAUCCUAUGUGUCUUCGGGAGGAUUGCGCUGGGAUUAGCUCUCUGGGAAUUGACUGUCAUAGUAAUAACACGAGUGAUAUACCCACACAAAUGCGCAUGGUACUUCAAAAUGCACGGGCUCGAAAGAACGACCCCAUUGUCGCACAGGGGAAGCAUCCGCGCUCACUGGAUCUAUCCGCGCAGGAUGCCUUCCGACUCGGCACAAUCCAGGGCGCUCGAGCCAUUGGCAUGGACAAGCAGAUCGGCUCGAUUGAGGUGGGAAAGUUAGCUGACCUGGUUAUUUUCGAUGGUCAAACCCCAGGGAUGAUUUGUGCCGCCGAGGAAGACCCCGUUGCGGCUAUUAUUUUGCACUCAUCGAUACGGGAUAUUGACAUGGUCAUUGUUGAUGGGCGGAUCUGUAAACAGAAUGGUAGCCUCGUUCCUGUGGAUUUCAAGCCAACACUUGACGAAGUCAACAUUGCAGAGCAAAGAGUCGAUUGGUGCACGAUUGCACAGCAGCUUCUUGCCAGUCGAAAGAGAGUCCAGGCUGCCAUUGUGAAAGCCGGCGCGGAUGACUUUGAACACCAGGUCUCUGGAACGAUGAGAAUGCUCCCUAUGGAUGGAAAUGAAUCGAGUUGA